UUGAAGGCUGAGAGAGUGUGUUUAUGCAUGAGCGUGUACUGGAAACAGCGAGCGAGGCAGUGUGUGUGUGUGUGUGUGUGUGUGUGUGUGUGUGUGUGUGUGUGUCUGUAUGUGUCACACACACAAAACCAGGCAUUCAUAACUUAGCAGAAGAGGAAGAGACACCAAAAAGCUGCUGACAAACACUUUAUAAUGAUCCUUUGUGUUGUGGAUGUAAAAGCUUCUGGAUUAUCAAAUCACUGGAUUGUAGCAGAGGACAGAUUCUGGAGCUGGCAUUAACAUGUAUUCGGUGUGUUUGGUUGUGUUGGAACAGAGCCAACAUGCAUAUUAACCCAAGUGCAUAUGCACACAGAAGAUCCAGUUGACCAAACAACCUUUGAGAUCAUGGAACAUGGGAGUACUGCCUCACCACUGGCUAACCAAUCAGAGCACAACAAUUCCUCCAUAGCCUCAAGAUCUUCCGAGUACAGUGAUGCAGAGCUUGCGUUGCUUGGUGUUGCAAUGGCCAUUCUGGUUCUGGCUAUAGUUUUUGGUAACGUGCUGGUGAUUACGGCCAUCCUGCGGUUCCAGCGGCUCCAGACAGUCACCAACCUCUUUAUCGCCUCGCUAGCCAUUGCUGACCUCAUCAUGGGUUUGGUUGUGGUCCCCUUUGGCUGUAGCCACAUCCUGCUGGGAGCCUGGCAGUUUGGAAACUUCAUGUGUGAAUUCUGGACAGCAACUGAUGUGCUCUGUGUGACGGCCAGCAUAGAAACCCUUUGUGUGAUUGCUCUGGACCGCUACCUCGCCAUCACCUCCCCACUCCGAUACCCAACGCUACUCACAAGGGGUCGGGCCUUUGCAGUGAUCCUUGGGGUUUGGGCAGUGGCCUCCCUCAUCUCCUUCUUGCCCAUCCAUCUGAAGGUGUGGGUGUCACGUGAUGUGGAAGCUGUCCAGUGCUUGAAAGACGAAUACUGCUGUGAUUUCAACACCAAUGUAGAGUAUGCUGUGUCUUCCUCAAUUGUGUCGUUCUACCUGCCGCUGGUGGUGAUGAUUUUCCUGUACACCCGGGUCUUCCAGGAGGCUCAGAAACAACUGGAGAAGAUCAGAGGGAGGGAGAGGCACUUUUAUAACUUGCAUUACUCUGCACAGCUGACUUAUGAUGAUAGUCCUGCAAUGAACAGACUCAGGGCAGGAACUGAGGUAGAAGAACAAGGAGAGGACAGUCUAAAUAUGCAGAAAAUAGACGGUAUAGACACUGGUGGGGAGGGAAAGUUAGGAGAGAGCAGAGCAAGGACAAAAAAAGGGGAAGGAAAACAUUCUGCCACAAAGCGUCUUAAGUUCUGUCUUAAGGAGCACAAGGCUGUGAAAACUUUAGGGAUCAUCAUGGGAACCUUCACAUUGUGUUGGCUACCCUUCUUCAUCCUCAACAUCCUCAUGGCCUUUCUCAAGUUGGGUGACAUUAAGCUGCUCUUUAGACUCCUCAACUGGCUAGGAUACUCCAACUCAGCCUUCAACCCGCUCAUCUACUGCCGCAGCGCUGACUUCAGGCACGCCUUUCAGGAGAUACUCUGUCUGAGGGGCAAAGGGUGGAGCUGGAGAGGAAGGAGAGGAUGGGGAUGGUGCAGGGACUCCAAGCCCCCAGGUAGGACAAAUGGGAACUCAGACCUGAAUGGUGUUAGGAGGCUGGACAUUCAGCAGAGGUUAGGGUGGAAGGGCAGUUUGGAGAGCUCUAUUCAAGACAGCUCACUAACUCUGGCUCCUCCGACAGCCUGCUGUGAGCAGGUUUUAGAAGUAGCUCCUGGUUCCCAGUCCAACUGGCAGGAUAACAGUUCUGCUAAUGGGAAAUGUAAGGAAAAUCUGGCUUCUAUAGCUUGACCAAUUAGGAUAGUAGACUUUACAUUGUGUGUGCAUAGCCAUGCAGUAAGCUAAGCCAAGCUCUAAAUGUUUGUUUUUGGUUGAGAAUGACUCAAUGUUUUGGGGUUUGUAGCUUGUAGUGUUAAUAUUGCAUUAGGUGUGUUUCAGUCAAUGUUACUGAGGUUUUGCUGCUGCAGUUUUUCUAAUAACAAUUCAGUGAUGUAAAUCUUUGGCAGCUACACAAUUAAACCAUGCACAGCAAAUACGUGAAAAGCUUUUAAUAACUAAUGGCUGAAUAAUAUUAAUAAAUAUCAUGCAUGCUCAUGCAUUCCAAAACGCUACUUUCUUAAAAGCAGUCUGAUGGGAAAAUGAACAAAUUGUGUAGAAGAGUGUAGAAAAAUCAGCAAUUGGCUGGAAGGUUGCUGGUUCAAAUUCCUUCACACUGUCAGGCUUUGAAGAGGCAAAUCAUGCCGCCCGUCUAUUUACAGCUAUAGUUAAAGGGCCAUGACAUAAAUAUAUUGUAACACCAACUGCUAAGUCACCAGUGGUAGUACAUUGAGGCUGUGGGACAUUGUAAAAUUGAGACACACCUGCUGCCUUUUUUGUUGAAGCUUGUCACCAUAUCCUUACCUUUUAUUUUAAUAUAUAUGUAUAUAUACAUAUCAAAUGAACAGACGGAGGGCACUUGCUCUAGCUCUGAAUGAGGGUAAGAGGCUGUUCCCAAAUAGUAUGCUUCAAACCAGUGAGGACAGAGGAUAAACAAAUACAGAAACCGCUCUAUUGAAAUAACCAAAAACUGUUGAAACAUUGGAAGAAAAUAAUGUGUUCUUGUGGAUCCCAUCACUCAUAUAUAGAAGCUGAUGGGAAUAAUAGUUUUCAGGCUCCCACAUUAAUGAAGCCUCUGAACACAGUGGUUCCAUACAGUUAUUAUUUUAUGUAUAAACCCACAAGGUAGGAAGCACAAACAGGAAUUUAGCACCUCAUUUGCAGUGCAAAUAACGUUAUGCAAAACCGCACAUCAAGAAAAAACCUUUGUGAAGCAGAGAUGUGCAUUUUGUUUGCCCUGUGGCUCAAAGUCUUAUCUGAAACAGCGGGUCUCAUAAUAAUUAAACAAAUCAUAAUAAAGAAAAAAUUAGUCAGACCGCCUGUUUUUCAUUCCGUUAUGAUAAACCUUAUAGCUGGUCCAAAGUAAUUUACUGGUGUAUAUUUGUGUAGUUGAUAAACAUCUGAGACCCAAACUUGUGACUAUCAUAACUGCUCUUUCUCUCCCUGUGUUCGCUUUCUUUCAUCACGUAUUUGCUGGAACUGUUUUCCCUCCCUCUCGCUCCAAACAUCAUCAUCUACCCACUCGUUCCUUUUAUCCUGUCUGCUUUUGCUCUGUUAUAGUAAAAACAUUGCAAUCUGUCAGACAGAGCUGGGGAGAUAAUUUUCAUGCAGUAGGAUCUGCUUCCAUGACAUUGUCCGUUACGCGUACUGUAAAAACAUAGCAAUAUGAUUACACAUAUCUUGAAUGCUCAGAAACUUGGUUGAAGGGAAAUUGUGUUUGGAUUAAUUCUCAUAUCGUUAUUUUACAAAUUCAUAGUGAUAAUGAUAAAGGAGCCCACAACCUAGUAUCAGAUUACUCCAAGUGGACAAAUAUAUGAAAUAAUAUGAAAAUAAUCUCCCCAGCCCUGCUUUUAUAUGUACAGAUAAUUAUUCAAUUUGUGUUAACAACAAAAAGGUAUUAAGCGUAAAUAAGUGGCAACUGUUUACUGUAAAUAUAAUCUGCACGUGUGUGUGUUUGUCAGUCUGUAUGUAUGUGUUGUGUUCUUGUGAUUAUUUGUUCAUUUUAAAGCUUGAAACAUGCCAUUGGAUAUUUGAAUUUACUGUAAUGUGUAUGAGACUUGGACUAACUAAAAGUUGGAAAAUACUGUAGUUUUGUUUUUUAUUUCAAAUUCAGUAACUUAUCUAAAAAGAACUAAUUCUUUAAUGUGUGUUUUGUAUCAUGAUGUUUUAGUUUAGGCAGCACUGAAACACAAGUCUACAAUCAGAAAGAGAUUUAUCAUGUUAUGUUAUAUAUGUGUGUCUGUCUUGGUAUACUGAGACAAAUCUGAAAGUAAAAGUAAAUUUUCAGAAGUGUAGCUUUACACCAGAGGAGCAGAUUCUGUUUUCUACCUCCAUCAGACUCACAUGAAUGUCAUCUCACUUCUGUAAAUAUUUAUUCAUGGGCUGUUGUAUAUUUUUGUGAGUAAAAGAAUGAAGUUUGAAAUUGUAUUAUUUGAAUAUGUUGCUUGUGUGUGUGUGUGUGUGUGUGUGUGUGUGUGUGUGUGUGUGUGUGUGUGUGUGUGUGUGUGUGUGUGUGUGUGUGUGUGUGUGCGUGUGAAAAAGAGACAGGCUGUCAGAAAGAGAGAUAAGAAAAAGAGGAAGAUAUGCUUAAUAAUAGCAGACAAAUAAGGUUAAAAUAAGCUUAAUAUUAUCUUGUGAUACUCGUCACAGCUUGCUUUCUAACAAACAACCUGGGGGAAUUUAGGGGUUAUUUGUAGAAGCAUUUAGGUGCCUAAAAUUAUACUCUUUACUGGUUAAUUACCAGUAAAGUGUUUUUGAUACCACUAUAGAAGUCCUUCUUGUGGAAGAAAGCCAUGCAGACACAGUUUAUUAGAAUGGAGCUAAUCUAAUAUUUCCUUUAUAGAGUUUAUAGAGUUUAUUGAUGGUGAGCUUGUGUAUAUGGAAAUAGUAAUUUGUCAAGUAGCCAGUUGGGCUAAAAAAAUUUGCCUGACAGAUGAGCUUCAUGCUGUUGACCAAGCAAAGCAUUCAUCAAAAAAAUCUAAUUUCAAAGACAGCUGUAGUUUCUCAUAAGGCAUAUAAGAAAUGCCCAUAACUCUGGCAAUAUCGCCAAACUUUGUAUCAAAAGGCUCAUUGUCGACAAAUAAAAUGAGAUCAAGAAAUGUGAUUCUCCUUGCACUGCAACCUUUUUAACUAAGCCCAUGGGACAGAGGGUUUUUGUGCUUAUUCAGUCAUCCAAGUUAGUCACGAAGACUCGGCUUGCCUGUUUGCAUUAAAGUUGAAGUGUAUGUGUGUGUGUGUGUGUGUGUGUGUGUGUGUGUGUGUGUGUGCGUGUGUGUAUAUGCGCGUGUGUAUGUGAGGCAUGACGUACAGUGACAGGUGCGAGCGGUCAUAGCAGCUACAGUAUCAGCUGCUGCAGAGGAAAUACAAUCAGCUAUACUGCCUCAAUACACACACACACAGCUUUACAGUUCGACAUGAAAACACACUGUAUACGUGUGUGUGUGUGUGUGUGUGUGUGCCUGUGUAUGUUCGUGCGUGCAUGUGUGUGUGUGUGUUUGACCUGUUUCCAUGGAACAAGUUUCCAAUUUAGGUAUGUUAAGGUUAAUGUACUUAACAUGCAUGACUUGUGUUGUUUGUCCUGUGUAGCUGUAUCUAUUAAAGUCUUGGUUACUGUCUUUUGUUUUUUGUAUUAAAACCUGCAAUCUGAUUGUCCUCUGAA